UCCGUCCGUCCGUCCGUCCGUCCGUUCGCUCGCUGUGCGCCGCCAGAGGACAUGGAGAAAGGCAUGCACUUUGAAAGAGCCUCCCGUUGUAACUGGGCACUAGGUCUUGCUAGCUAACUGUCUGCAGCCAUGACCGUACUUUCUCAUCUAGCACACACUUACUUGGGAUUCUCUAGAGCCAAGAACUGUUAGAGUCUUCAGUCAAGGACAGACUGCCAAUACAGUUGCAGCUACUGAAGUACCAGGUUUGGAGAACCUGCCUGAAAAGCACCCUACGCUUCUGGAACAAAGAACUCAGAGGCUCCCAAAGUGCUGCUGGGUUCGUAUGGAGAAAAAUACCUUUCUGCAAUAUUCAGGGCCCAGAGAAGUUACCUCUUUGACAGGCAGGUGUUCCAAGUGGCAUUUGGACCCCUCACCUCCCUCCCCCCAGGCAUCCUGAUCAGUGUAUGGACACCACAGAACUCCAUUGCAGCAGCUUUCAGAGACCCAGCCUGAAAUUGGAAUGGGAAACUCCAGCACCAACCAGACGUGUUUCACAGAUGACUCUUUUAAGUACAAUUUGAAUGGUGCAGUUUACAGUGUCGUGUUCAUCCUUGGCCUGAUAACCAACUGUGCAUCCCUCUUUGUCUUCUGCUGCCGGAUGAAAAUGAGGAGCGAGACUGCUAUUUUCAUCACCAACCUGGCCCUCUCUGAUUUGCUCUUUGUCUUCACCUUGCCUUUUAAGAUUUUUUACAACUUUAACAGACACUGGCCAUUCGGCGACACCCUCUGCAAGAUUUCAGGGACUGCAUUUCUCACCAAUAUCUAUGGAAGCAUGCUUUUCCUCACCUGCAUCAGUGUUGACCGAUUUCUUGCUAUUGUCUAUCCCUUCCGCUCUCGUACCAUCCGGACAAGAAGAAACUCUGCCAUCGUGUGUGCAGGAGUGUGGAUUCUGGUCCUCAGUGGUGGGAUCUCUGCCUCUUUGUUCUCCACAACCAAUGUCUCCAAUUCCACAACAACCUGCUUUGAGGGAUUUUCCAAGCGCAUCUGGAAGACUUAUUUGUCCAAGAUUACGAUAUUUAUUGAAGUGGUCGGCUUCAUCAUUCCUUUGCUCCUGAACCUCACCUGCUCUUCCUUGGUACUGCGAACCCUCCGAAAACCUGCAACACUAUCCCAGAUCGGAACCAACAAAGAGAAAGUGCUGAAGAUGAUCAUUGUACACGUGGCCAUUUUCAUCGUCUGUUUUGUGCCAUACAACUCUAUUCUCUUCCUCUAUGCUUUGGUCCGCUCCCAAGCCAUAACCAACUGUUCCUUGGAGAGGUUUGCCAAAACAAUGUACCCCAUUACGCUGUGCAUCGCGACACUCAAUUGCUGCUUUGACCCGUUCAUCUAUUACUUCACUUUGGAGUCCUUUCAGAAGUCUCUCUAUAUCAACACCCAGAUCAAAAUGGAGUCGCUUUUCAAGACUGAAACACCACUGACGGCAAAGACUUCUCUUCCCGCGAUCCAGGAGGAGCUGAGUGACCAGGCGAUGACUAACGGGGGAGAACUCAUGUUGGAAUCCAACCUCUAACCAUUCCACAGAUCUCACAUUCAUUCCAUCUCACAACAGCUUCCCGAUGAUGAGACCUCGAGCAACAGCUCUGAGUCUUAUAUCACAGAAACUAGUGACACACUGCCUGCCUCAAGAAGGAUCCCGAUUCUUGUAGUAACACAUGCCACUUUUUUCUAAUACCAACAGGUCUAAUGCUGUUAUAACAUCCUGAGGGAGUAGCAGAUUUUUUCCUAUCCUAGAGUUUUGCUAUGUGAAAUAAAUGGAUAGGGGACAUCUUUGUUAGCCAGUGAUUUCUCAUUCGCAUGUUAAGUGGAGCAACAUGAUUGGACUUGGAGCCAUAGAAUCAAGUCAGAAAAUGGAAAACCAAGCCUAUCAGCUUACUACUCACAGUUACGUGUUAGUUUUUUUUCCUUUCUCUACAAAGAAAGACAGUGGUUCCUACAUUCAUUUCGAAUGGCUGUUUUUUGGAGAUCAAACCAGCAGUUUUCAUCGGUCUUCAAACUGACUCCAAGAGUAUAUUUUAAAAUUAUAUUUUCAUUGAAAUAUUGGAAUGGGAACAUGAUCAGAUUAAAUUCAACAACAAUUAAAUACCUACUACAUGCAAGGCACAGACCAGCUAAAUUUAGCUUGUAUGCCUGUGUAUUUGAAUGCAAAUAAGUUGUGUUUGUGUAAGAACAGGAGAGAAGAGCUAUUGAGGUAACUGGCUCUUUGGAUCAGAAUCCUUGCAAUAGAAAGCACCAUCCACAGUGGUGGGUUCAAGUGCAUGCUUAUUUUACCUUUAUAUUUGUGUACUUUUCUUACUAGCAACAUUCAGAUCGAAGACCUGGGCACAUUAUAGCUGAAAAGCAUCUGAAUUUGUGCUCAAGCAGGGGUUAAGUGGGAGAUGGGGGAGGGGGGAAGCAUAUUAAAAGAACAUUCUUAAAGCACACAUUUCUUGUAUCUUUGCAUGAUCUGUAGCCUUGGCCAGUGUGUGCUUAACAUUUUCUUAACUAAUGGAGACCUGGGCUGCAGAGUAAAUAUAGGCACUAAAUGUAUAGAUAGCAGCUAAGUUAGAAAAUCAGAUAGAACUAAUUCUUCUUUGCUCUUGCCAUUUACAGCAGUGUGCCCAACUGGACAUGCAUCUCUCCUACUAGCAAAAAACCAAACCAAGUUGGUCUUUUCUUUGUUUCUUUGCCACAUGCCUGCUUAUUUUGCAACUAACUUAUUAUUCUAUUUGCAUUUCUUAUAGAUUUAUGAAACCUAUAUUUUAUAUAUAUAUAUAUAUAUAAAUGAGCAUGUAUUUGUCCAUUGGGCCAAAGGCAUGAAGUUGUAUGGCUGAGGCACUAAAAGAUCUGAUGAGAACAGGACAAGAAUCAUGAAUACAAGGUCUUUCUAGGCACUGAGGAAGUCACUCCAUUGGCUCUUGCCCCAGUGACCUGGUGAUGAGUCCAUAAUAAAAAUGUAACCAACCAAUGACAAUGGACUGAAUGUAUAUUUAUAUAGCAAAUGGAAUUUUAAAUUACGUAUGAAAAUAAAAAUGAUGCUUAACCUCUAAACUUCUGUUUAGACUGACUUGGAUUUUAA